AUGUUCCCAAACUCGAUAAAUUCCCUAAGCCAUCUCCCUAUACAAACAAUGCAGCCGAUAAAAGACGAAGUGAAUGUCUUUGAGGAGUCUUGGAAGGAGCAUAACAUGAACAAUUUCAACCAGCUUUAUCCCCACCAAGUUGAUCUGCAAGCAACGCCUCACACGUUGAAUAUCUCGAAUAUCUCGCAAAUUAAGCCUGAAACAAUUAUACCACAAACGCAGCCUAACGCUACACAGCCCCUCACACGCCUACAAGCCGCCACACAAUCGCAGCCCUCGUCAUACACUGAUAGCGCGAGCAGCGAACGCAGCAGCCCGACCAAGAAGUCUCGCAGAACAUCGCACAACUUGGAUAACAACGACAUUCCGCCACUGAUGAAGCCUGUUGGCCGACGCGGAGAUAUAAGCCUUCAGUUCGGCGAGGAUGGUCGCGAAUUGAGCAAGGAGGAGCGCAGGAAAAUUACAAUGGAUAGGAACAAGAGUGCUGCAGCUCGCUGUCGUCAGCGCAAGCGCCAGUGGACUCUCAAUCUCCAAGAAGAGGUAGAUAUGCUUUACACGGAGCAGCAGGCAUUGAAAGACGAGAGGCAGCUGCUGAAAAAUGAAAUAGAUGAUCUGAGAAAGACAGUAGCUGAGCUGACUAGCUACGCGCUUGAACGAGGACAUAGCUAG